UUGUUUCUUUGUGUUCUGUUUCAGUUUCUGUCGUUAAUUCGUCAGAUUCUCUUCGCUGAAGAAAAAAUAAGAAAAAAACCCACAAAGAAUCUCUUUUGAGAUCCAAUAACACAAUGCCAAUUUCCCUUUAAUCUCGCCCCCAUCACAAUUAGGGUUUCUCUCUCUCUCUCUCAUCCCCAUUUUUCCUCUUAAAUUACCAGUAAAACCCAUUAUUGUCUCACUCAAUUCAGUGCCCAGUGUGUAUUGUUUUGGAUCCCAGAUUAGAUUCACCUCUAAAGUUUUUCUUUUGGGCCGGAUCAGAAGCUUCAACUUAGGCUAUAGUGGACUUUUGGUGGGGUUUUUUCAUGGUUGUUUUAUUUGUUGACUUUUGGGUUUGAAUUGCUGAUCAUGAGGAGCUGAGAUUGGAAGGAUUUGUGUUUGGUUGGUGUUGCAUGUAGGGAAUUCUUGAAUUUGGGGCUUAAAUUCAGUGAUUUUUUGUUGAAUGCUUACAAGGAGAUCUCUAAGGAUUUGGAUUUGAUAAGUUUUAGGGUUUUGGUCUUUAUUUGCGACUCUGCAUGUGUAAGCAGUAAGGGGUCCUCUGCUAGACUGUGGAGGAUCCCUAUUAAUUGUUUAUUGUUUUCUUAAUUAUUAUUGUUGAAGAGGUUGAGAAAUGAAAAUACUAACAAUCAAUUGAUUUGGAGGCUUUGUUUUUGGCAAGUUGAGGAGUUUUGCAUAAUUUGGAUUUUGUGGAUUGGUAUUGAUAGUCGCGUGUAUUUAUAUAAACCGUUUUUGGGAAGGCAAUGUUUGGUUCUGGAAAAGCAACUGGCCAUGACAAUAUUGGAAUGGUUCCUAUGCGCUUUGUGUGGCCUUACGGAGGGAGGAGUGUGUUUCUCAGUGGCUCUUUCACUGGUUGGACUGAACACAUACCUAUGUCCCCAAUGGAGGGAUGCCCGACUGUUUUCCAAGUCAUUUGCAGCUUAACACCAGGACACCACCAGUACAAGUUUUUUGUUGAUGGAGAAUGGCGGCAUGAUGAUCACCAGCCCUCUGUAAGUGGGAAUUAUGGGGUAGUAAAUACUGUUUUCUUACCUAGAGAACCAUAUGUAGAUUCUCCAGUUCUUGAUCUCGAGCUCUCCGGAUCUAAUAUGGAGCUGGAUGAUGCCUUUUCACGUCCGGAAGCAAUCUCAAGGGUAUCAGAGGCUGAUUUGCAGGUUUCUCGACAACGUAUUUCUGCAUUUUUGUCUAUGCAUACUGCAUACGAGCUGCUUCCCGAGUCAGGCAAGGUUAUUGCCCUGGAUGUUAAUUUACCGGUUAAGCAAGCAUUCCAUAUUCUCCAUGAACAGGGUGUCCCUCUAGCUCCUCUCUGGGACUUUCUGAAGGGACAGUUUGUUGGAGUUCUUAGUGCAUUGGAUUUUAUCUUGAUUUUGAGAGAGCUUGGAAGUCAUGGGUCUAAUUUGACAGAGGAAGAAUUAGAGACACAUUCUAUAUCAGCUUGGAAGGAAGGAAAAUUAAAUCUUAACAGGCAAAUUGAUGGUAAUGGGAGAGCAUGUUCUAGACGACUUAUCCAUGCUGGGCCAUAUGAUUCUUUGAAAGAUGUUGCUUUGAAAAUUUUGCAAAACAAAGUAUCAACGAUUCCCAUUAUACAUUCUUCUUCACGAGAUGGUUCAUUUCCACAGCUACUACAUCUCACUUCUCUGUCAGGAAUAUUAAAAUGUAUAUGCAGGCAUUUUAAGCACUCAGCUAGUUCCUUGCCUGUUCUUCGACAACCUAUUUGUAUGAUACCUCUGGGUACUUGGGUUCCAAAAAUUGGGGAAUCAAAUGUACGGCCAUUUGCUAUGUUGCGACCAAAUGCUUCUCUUGGUGAUGCCCUAUCUUUGUUAGUUCAGGCUGAAGUCAGCUCAAUACCAAUUGUGGAUGAUAAUGAUGCACUCCUGGACAUAUACUCACGAAGUGAUAUCACUGCUUUGGCAAAAGACAAAGCCUAUGCCCAGAUUCAUCUUGAUGAAAUCAGUAUUCAUCAGGCAUUGCAAUUGGGACAAGAUGCAAAUUCACCGUAUGGAUUCUACAAUGGACAGAGAUGUCACAUGUGUUUAGGAUCUGAUCCUCUACACAAAGUGAUGGAGCGACUGGCAAACCCUGGUGUUAGGAGACUUUUGAUUGUGGAGGCUGGCAGCAAGCGGGUAGAAGGGAUAAUCUCAUUGAGUGAUGUGUUCAGGUUUCUGCUUGGUUAAGCCUAGAUGUUAGCCAUGAUCUGCAUGGAAUGUCUGCUAUGGUAACACCGAAAACAGGCUCAUUUCGUUCUUACUUUUUCUGUUAAGUAUCUUCCAUUGGAAGGGUCCCAUGCUUCUGAGACCCGCCCUCUUUUUAGGGUAGAAAAUUCAGAGAGCAUAAAAAGAAUUUGUAAAUUGUGAGUAUUCAAAUUUUCCCCUUACAACCCAUUUAUUAUCUCAACUCAAUUGUGCUGCUGGAGAAGCUGUAAAAUGAAGCUUUAAAAGUGCAGUAAACUGCAUGGGGCACUCCAUUAUUGUUGGUGGGCUGUGUAAAAAUGUCGGUGGUUGGUUGGUUCAUGUUCUGUUUCCAUUUAUGAUUCUGCCAUCUUUUCUACUGCA